CGCCGGCUUCGCCAUCUUCGGAAUAUUGCUGCACGUAACAUUAUCAAUAAGAAUGGCUAUCGCCUCUUGGAUACGUACUUCACGCUUCACUUGUGUGAUAAUGCCAAGAUAUACAAAGAAUUUUAUAAGAGUGAGGUGAUCAAGAAUUCUCUGAAUCCAACAUGGAGGAGUCUGGACUUUGGAAUAAUGCCUGAUCGUCUUGAUACCUCUGUCUCCUGUUUUGUUGUGAGGAUCUGGGGUGGCAAGAAAGAGCACUUUCAGCUGCUGAUUGAAUGGAAGGUCAAUCUAGAUGGGUUAAAGUACUUGGGCCAGCAGAUACACGCAAGAAACCCAAAUGAGAUUAUUUUUGGUCUCAAUGAUGGUUAUUACGGAGCUUCAUUUGAACAGAAGGAUCACUCAGGUACCCUGAAGAACAGUCUUCUCCAGGUGGAUCAGAACUGCGUUCGUAACUCUUAUGAUGUCUUCUCUUUGCUUAG